ACUUCCGGUUUGUCUUAUACACAAUGUUAAACGCACGUGUGUGUUUAGGAAGCUUCAGCUAGCUUAUAAAUAGUGAAAGGAGCUAGAAGUGACCUGAAUUGUUUAAGCGUGUGUGACAUUAAGGUAGCAGCCAGCAUGUCUUUUAUCGUUACUAGGAGCCACAGUAAACUGGGGCUUGGGGAGAAUAUUUCCAAGGAUUCGGUACAGAGUGACUCUCAGAGAGAAAUUGUGCGUGAAUCACCUGCGUCUGAAAGUGACUCUGGCGACAGCUUGUUUUUGACCCAGUCUGUGACCUCACCUUCGAGGACUGUCAAAAGACACCAUCCGUCUAACGAUCCUCCGUGUCCCUUCAGUCAAGAGGUGGAGGAUGUGCAAGAGAAAGCCGGUGGCCGCAAUGCACAGCACAAAGACACGAGGCUGAGCAGUGACUCCGACAGUGAAACGACUUAUCCUGUCAUGCUUCGUAGAUGGAAGUUGCUGGCUAAUUCAUGUGGCAGGGUUAACCAGCGGCCUCGCCCGAGUUGUAAGAGAGUAUCUCCAAAGUGGAUGGGGGUACCUUUCCUGAAGAAGUCUGUCUCUGUCUGCAAAAAACAAACUAUAGUGAAUUCAGAGGUUGGUGGGUUCUUUAAAUGCAUAUUGAAGCUGAGCAAAGGUCAUGGAGACAAAAGAAGAGGAGAGCUGAGUCCAUCUUUAUUGCUUUCUGAACGGAAGGAAAGCAGUAUGCAAACAGAAGAUGAUGAUGAUGAUGAUGAGGAGGACGUUAAAAAAGUGGAUAAAGCUUGCUUUAUUGAGAACACACAUAAAAGAAACCAACAAACAUGGCUACCAUCCCUGAAAUGGAAAACGAGACAGGCUCCAGGAACGUGCACUAAGAAAAGCAACAAAUGUCAAGAGGAGCAGGAGACGUGUUAUCAAACCAGGAAAGUUGAUGAAGACCUGAUGGCGCCUCAAGAUGGCACAGAUGUAUAUAAUGAGAGCAGCUCACUUAAUAUAGAAGUGUCUCGGUCCACGGAGAACGGUGACAAAAGCAGGAAAUCUGCCGAAUGGAACUGGAUGGAACCAAUUGAUGAAAUGUCAGACGAGGAGACGCAGUGGCCAAAUUUGGUAGACCAGGAUGAAGACGAAACCCAGAUUUUGCAGGACAACCCUGUGGACAGAGAAGGAAGGGAAGAUGCACUCUGCUUGGAGAACAUCUCAUCCUGUGAACACCAAGUACAAGUCCAGGAUAUCCAUCAAGGCGUACAUCAUGAGCCACUUGGAAAUGAAACCCAGAUUUUGCAGGAAAACCCUACGGACAGAGAAGGAAAGGAAGAUGCACUCUGCUUGGAGAUCAUCUCAUCCUGUGAACACCAAGUACAAGUCGAGGAUAUCCAUCAAGGCGUACAUCAUGAGCCACUGGAAAACGAAGACUUUGGUAGUGUUAGUGGAGGUUUCAUCAGCUCACAGGAUCUUUUUCAAGAACCAAAUAAUCAGUCAAGUCCUUUAAAAGAGACUAGUGUUGAAAAUGAUAAGGAAGUCUUAGAAAGCAGUGUAGUACCACAUGAUGACAUAGGUUUGACAAUAAAAAAGAAAAAGAGUUCAUUAAUCUUGGAAGAUAUGGAGGGUGACUUUCUUAAAUAUUCCAAAUCUCUGAGGACUCGCCCGAGUGAAAUAGUCUCACCAACAGCUGGAGAUAUAUGCCAGGUAAGAAAGGAAAAGGACAAGAAGACGUUGGAUAUGCAAGAUCCACACCAUCAUUCAUCACUGCCAUUAGAGGAUUACAAAUCAGGAUCCACAGGAAAUGAUUACUCAAGUCCUAGUAAGGAUAUCCUCAUGGUCAGACAGGAAGAGAAGACCGAGACCCCACUGUUCAAUUUUGGUGGAUUGAAAUUUCUGAAGAGGAAGAAAGAUAAAAAGACUAAAGACCCUGAGAUCUCAGAUAACCUGGCACCAGGACAAGCUGAUUUGGGUCAGAAUGAAUAUUCUGCACUUCACUUUGAUGACGUCAAGUGUAAAAAAAGAAGAAAGGUCAAAAAUGAUGGGUUGUUGGAGGAACCAGUUGACACCUUGCCAGACAUCAGUGUUGCUGCAGACUCGGGUCUAUCAGUUCAGGACUCUUCAGUGGUUUGUGCUUCAGUUAGUGGAAGUAAACCAAAGAGAAAAAAGGACAAAAAUUAUCGGUUGUUGGAGGAACCAGUUGACACCUUGCCAGACAUCAGUGUUGCUGCAGACUCAGGUCUAUCAGUUCAGGACUCUUCAGUGGUUUGGGCUUCAGUUAGUGGAAGUAAACCAAAGAGAAAAAAGGGCAAAAAUGAUUGGUUGUUGGAGGAACCAGUUUAUACCUUCCCAGACAUCAGUGUUGCUGUAGACUCGGGUCUAUCAGUUCAGGACUCUUCAGUGGUUUGUGCUUCAGUUAGUGGAAGUAAACCAAAGAAAAAGAGAAAAAAGGACAAAAAUUAUCGGUUGUUGGAGGAACCAGUUGACACCUUGCCAGACAUCAGUGUUGCUGCAGACUCGGGUCUAUCAGUUCAGGACUCUUCAGUGGUUUGUGCUUCAGUUAGUGGAAGUAAACCAAAGAAUAAGCGAAAAAAGGACAAAAAUUAUGGGUUGUUUGAGGAACCAGUUGACACCUUGCCAGACAUCAGUGUUGCUGCAGACUCGGGUCUAUCAGGUCAGGACUCUUCAGUGGUUUGUGCUUCAGUUAGUGGAAGUAAACCAAAGAAAAAGAGAAAAAAGGACAAAAAUGAUGGGUUGUUGGAGGAACCAGUUGACACCUUGCCAGACAUCAGUGUUGCUGCAGACUCGGGUCUAUCAGUUCAGGACUCUUCAGUGGUUUGUGCUUCAGUUAGUGAAAUUAAACCAAAGAAAAAGAGAAAAAAGGACAAAAGUGAUUGGUUGUUGGAGGAACCAGUUGACACCUUGCCAGACAUCAGUGUUGCUGCAGACUCGGGUCUAUCAGUUCAGGACUCUUCAGUGGUUUGUGCUUCAGUUAGUGGAAGUAAACCAAAGAAAAAGAGAAAAAAGUACAAAAAUGAUGGGUUGUUGGAGGAACCAGUUGACACCUUGCCAGACAUCAGUGUUGCUGCAGACUCGGGUCUAUCAGUUCAGGACUCUUCAGUGGUUUGUGCUUCAGUUAGUGGAAGUAAACCAAAGAAAAAGAGAAAAAAGGACAAAAAUGAUGGGUUGUUGGAGGAACCAGUUGACACCUUGCCAGACAUCGGUGUUGCUGCAGACUCGGGUCUAUCAGUUCAGGACUCUUCAGUGGUUUGUGCUUCAGUUAGUGGAAGUAAACCAAAGAAAAAGAGAAAAAAGGACAAAAAUGAUGGGUUGUUGGAGGAACCAGUUGACACCUUGCCAGACAUCGGUGUUGCUGCAGACUCGGGUCUAUCAGUUCAGGACUCUUCAGUGGUUUGUGCUUCAGUUAGUGGAAGUAAACCAAAGAAAAAGAGAAAAAAGGACAAAAAUGAUGGGUUGUUGGAGGAACCAGUUGACACCUUGCCAGACAUCAGUGUUGCUGCAGACUCGGGUCUAUCAGUUCAGGACUCUUCAGUGGUUUGUGCUUCAGUUAGUGGAAGUAAACCAAAGAAAAAGAGAAAAAAGGACAAAAGUGAUUGGUUGUUGGAGGAACCAGUUGACACCUUGCCAGACAUCAGUGUUGCUGCAGACUCAGGUCUAUCAGUUCAGGACUCUUCAGUGGUUUGUUCUUCAGUGGUUUGUGUGUCAGUGAAUGGAAUUAAACCAAAGAAAAAGAGAAAAAAAGACAAACAUGGUCAACCAGUGCCUCAGGAAGAUGAAUGGAUUGGUGUAGAGGAGGCUAUCCAGAUCCCCUGUCAAGGUUCAGCUUCUUUGGUGUCUAUAGCUGAGGAAACUGAGCAACUGACCAGAACUGAUCUUUCUAAUUUUGUUCAGUCUGAUUGUCUUGAACCACAAAGGAAAAAGAAAAAGAAAAGGGCGAAGACGAAACAGGAUUCAAGUCCUAUGAUAUCUGAGGUCGUGGCUUGGCAGUGUAGUGAAGAAUCUUAUUCAAGCCAUGGUAUCAAAACUGUCAAGAAAAAGAAGAAAAAGUUUAUAGAUGAUGUUGGAGAAGGACAAGUAGGAGAGAUGGCUACGGCCAGUAACAAUAUUGGAGAACCGUUGGAGAAAAUCCCCGAAAUACCAGCAGGCAUAGAAAUCCAACCAGUGAAUAGCAUAGAUUUGACAGAUGACUCUGUAACUCAAAGGAAGAAGAGGAAAAAAAGGAAACGGCAAAAGGUGGUCAGGGAAGAAAAUAUGGACGUUGAGGCAUUGUUGGUAGAGACGACAGAACAAGUGGAGGCUCCAGAUACUCAAGAUUCUGAGCAGCAAGCAGCUGAGGUGGUUCUGGUGAGAAAGCCAAAGAAGAAAAAGGACAGAAUUGAAACACGUCAAGAAGAGGAGGCGUCUAAAAAUACAUCCGUGUCUCUCAGACUUGGGCUCAUAGAGAUGAGAACAUCCAAUACCCCAAGCACCAGAAGUGAGACUGGAGGGAUUGGUGAGGAGGAAGGUCUUGGUGCAUCAGAACCAGUGAAGAACAAGAAAAAGAAGAAGAAAAGGAAAGAGUUGGAAAAUGAUGGAUCGUGGUCGGUUUCUUACGGCUUGUUACAUCUGGAUGACUCCCAUUGGCAAAAUACUAAACAGACAAGAGUGGUGAAAGAAGCUUCAAGUAGUGGACAGAAUGACACCAAUGAGACAAACAAAUGUGAGAGGACCAAAGAUGACCGUUCUGAAAGUAGCCAACAAGUACUGCAGUCAGAGGAUACCAUACAGCCUAAUGGAAGGAAAAAGAAGAAGAAGAAGAAGAAAUGGGUAGAAACAGACAUAGAAGUGUAUCCUGAGAUUGUUGAACAUGAAGUGUGUCAGGAGAGUGGUUCUCCAUCAGAACCUUCAGAAGCAAUAAUUGAGAAGGAGAAGAAGAAAAAGAAUAGAAAGGACACAGUUGAUAGAGAUGGGAAUCAGAGUUUAGAUGUUGUACCUAAGCUAUGUGCUGCAGAAGAAUCAAGAGAUGUUUUAGACACAUGCCAUGCUAAAAAGGACAGUAUUUCAUCCUCAGGGGGUGCAUUAUUAGUACAUAUUAAGAAAAAGAAGCAAGUAAGAGACCCGGAUAAUGGUUUAGAUGCCACACUCGGAGCUGAAAAAGUCGCUGUCUCUGGCAAGUCAAAUCAGUGUUCACGGACCGACAGUGCAAAACUCAAAAAGAAGAGAAAGAGAGACCAUCUGUGAUUUAUUUAUUUAUUUAUUUAUUUAUUUAUUUUCACUUCAAAUGUUAGGGUGCUUGUUUUGUUUUGGGGUUUUUUGCUUAUUACAAAAUGUAAGUUGUUUUUAUCCCUAACUAUGGAGCACGGUUUUCACGGCUAUUGUAACAGUACCAUUUACUUUAACCAUCAAAGUGUCGAAAAUGCAUAUUUUUGUAAUCCAAAUCUUGGAUAUUUUUGUUAGUGAAUUUCCACAUCAUUUUUAUCCAUUUAUAGUUGCAUUUAAUGGGGUGAAACAUCCAUGCAACCAGCUUGUUCCUGGUAUCGCUUAAAUUGUAACAGCUGUAAACAGUUCUCACCAGGAUCUCUUUUUGUCCUCUCUCUUGAAGUUAAUAAGACAAUGAAACGUGUCAUGUUACUGACAAACUGCAAAGUACAAUGUCCUUCAUUUUUCCGACAUUCCUGUGUCGGAGAACUUGAACCAGUCAGAAUCGAGAGUUCAACAGUGCUGUGAUAUGGAUGCAAUGUAAUCAUAAGAAGCCCUAGGUUUUCCAAAACGUUUGACUAGUAGUGUACAGCCGCAUCCCUUUGUUUAAAUUGAAAACUUUUUUUUUAAUAUCCAUUUAAAUAUGUAUUUUUAUAUAUAUAUUUUUUUUAAAUAACAAAGUCUUUAUUUUUGUAGAACUUUCAUAUACAAAACUGCUUUAAUUAAGAAAAUUAACCACACUACAUUGCUAAUGUUAAAUAUUUCUGCUUUAUUAUUUUCCUGAAGAGGGGAAGCGUCUACCUCGUCUGGUACGUAAGGCUUAACUGCUAGUUAUUUCUGAACACUGCAGAAGUUUGAAGUUCAACUUUGAUCACGGUUUAUGCAGAAACUGUAAUGUUACAUUAUUAUUAUUUUUUUAAAUAAAAUGUUACCUUCAAUUUCAAAUGAAUGGUGUGUUAAUGAGGUUAGUCACAAAAAAAAUAAAAAUUAAAAAGUUUACACUGUUCUGUGCUGUGGAAACGUAGCCAUGUUUGCCAGUGAUAGAUUUUCUAGUUAGGUGAAGCCAUUAGGCUGGCAAAAUAAGCAUUUCAGUGUUUAUACUUCAAUUCUGAAGCAACUACAUGGAUUUCAUGUCAUAAUUAGGCUGUACUAAAUCAUAUUUUAGACAGUUACUGCAAACUUGAACCUAGAACUAGAAAGAUAUCAGUAUGUAAGUCACAAAAUUAAUGAAGUAACAUUGGUUAAAUUAAGUCAACUAGAAGGGGGGAAAGGUACAGUUAGCAUAACCAAAAAUCAUAUCAAUAAACAAGAACAAUACAUUAACAGCUAAAACUAGAGCAGACUACACCUUAUGAACAUUGAAAGAGGAGCAGGUACCACAGGUACUACUACAAUUUGCUUCCAAAGUCUUCGUGGAUAUCUGAUGUUUGACUUCUUUUUAAAAUGUUUGAGUGAGUUCAUUAGAAGAAGGACAUAUGGUUUUGUUUAAGGAAUAAAGCACUUUGGGAGCAUGUUAUAGGAAAGUAUUCAAUGGUGGGGUGGUGUGAUGUGGCCUGAGAUGAAGUGGAAUAUUAAUUAAUUAAAGAAUGUGAUUUUUUACUCCUUUAUUAAUAUGUUGAAUGUUGUGGAACAUCCAAGAAUCAAGUUAGUU